AUGGCCUCUGCUACUGGCGCCGGCGGGCUCUUCAGCCGUAACAAUGCUGGCCAAGGGGCAAACUCUAUGCGCGGUCUUGUCUCCUUCAUCGCCGACCUUCGCAACGCUAGAGCUCGCGAGCUAGAAGAGAAGAGGAUAAACAAGGAACUGGCAAACAUACGGCAGAAGUUCAAAGACGGCAACCUAAACGGCUACCACAAGAAGAAAUACGUCUGCAAGCUCCUGUACAUAUACAUCCUGGGAUGGAAUGUGGAUUUUGGCCACCUCGAGGCUGUCAACCUCAUCUCGGCCUCGAAGUACUCUGAGAAGCAGAUUGGAUACCUUGCGGUCACGCUGUUCCUGCAUGAGCAACACGAGCUCCUCCAUCUGGUGGUUAACAGUAUAAGGAAGGAUUUACUGGAUCAUAAUGAGCUUAAUAACUGCUUAGCGCUACAUGCGAUAGCGAACGUGGGUGGCAAGGAAAUGGGCGAGGCGUUGAGUGCGGAUGUCCAUCGUUUACUGAUCUCACCGACUUCGAAAGCGUUCGUGAAGAAGAAGGCUGCUCUCACUUUACUUCGGUUGUUUCGAAAAUACCCCAGCAUUGUCCAGUUCGAAUGGACGGAGCGAAUAAUCUCUCUUAUGGACGAUGCUGACAUGGGUGUAACAUUAUCGGUUACAUCGCUCGUAAUGGCGCUUGUCCAGGAGAGUCCGGAACAAUACAAGGGCAGCUAUGUCAAAGCUGCCAGGCGUUUGAAAAAAAUUGUUGUUGACGGCGAAUGCACCGCGGAUUAUCACUACUACAAAGUCCCUUGCCCUUGGAUACAGGUCAAGCUACUGAGGCUUCUGCAAUACUAUCCUCCAUCAGACGAUACCCACAUCCGAGGUCUAAUGCGGGAAUCACUGCAGCGUAUCAUGGAUUCUGCCAUGGAAAUGCCAAAGAACGUGCAGCAAAACAACGCCCAGAACGCAAUUCUCUUCGAAGCCAUCAAUCUCAUUAUCCAUCUGGACACCGAGCACGAUCUCAUGGUGCAGAUCUCAACGAAGCUCGGCAAAUUCAUACAAUCACGUGAAACGAACGUGCGGUAUCUUGGCCUGGAAGCCAUGACACAUCUCGCUGCGCGUGCGGAAACUCUGGAUCCGAUCAAAAAGCACCAGAGUAUCAUCAUCGGCUCGUUGCGGGAUCGAGAUAUCAGCGUGCGGCGGCAAGGCCUCGACCUACUGUACAGCAUGUGCGACCCAACGAAUUCUCAGCCUAUUGUAACCGAGCUUCUGAAGUACCUGCAGACGGCUGACUACGCGAUUCGGGAAGAGAUGGUCCUCAAGAUAGCGAUAUUGACUGAGAAGUACGCGACAGACAUACAGUGGUAUGUGGACAUCUCUCUACGGCUGCUCGCCAUGGCUGGAGAUCACGUAAGCGAUGAGGUAUGGCAGCGAGUGAUUCAGAUCGUGACCAACAACGAGGAGCUGCAAGUAUACGCCGCUCAGAACAUACUCCAGUACCUCAAGGCGGAUCACUGCCAUGAGACGCUUGUCAAGAUCGGAGGCUACCUGCUUGGCGAGUUCGGUCAUCUCAUUGCGGACAAUGAGGGGUGUAGUCCGAUCCAACAGUUCAUGGCAAUACAGUCGAAAAUGCAGGGCUGCUCGUCGAGCACAAGAGCUAUACUCUUGUCGUCCUUCGUCAAAUUUGUCAAUCUCUUCCCGGAAAUCAAGCCGCAAUUGCUCCAGGUGUUCCGAGCAUACAGCCACAGCUUGGACUCUGAGCUACAGCAACGGGCGUGCGAAUACCUCGCGCUCGCCACUAUGCCAACCGACGAUUUGUUGAGGACUGUCUGCGACGAAAUGCCUCCGUUCCCCGAGCGUGCAUCUGCGCUCUUGUCUCGCCUGUACCAGAAGCACGCCGGUACGAGCGACAAGCGGAUGUGGGUGGUUGGCGGUCGAGCUGCGAACGCAGAUGCAAAAGAGCUCAGUGUUGCCCAGAACGCCGGCCUCAAGCGCUCUUUCACUAAUGAUACACCUACACCGUCUGGUAACCCCAAAGUGGCUCCUUCGCCGACAGCAGCCAACGGCAGCAACGGCUUGACCAGGAAUGGCUCAAGCGACCUGGCAGGCUUAGAGAUGGGCAUGGACAGCCAGCCAGCCUCGAAGACUCCCAACCUCGCAAGCGCCGCCCAUCUGAGCUCGGACUGGGAGAUCGGUUACAAUAGGCUCCUCCUCCGUUCCGAAGGCGUCCUCUACGAAGACGCGCAGAUCCAAAUAGCCCUGCGGACCGAAUACCGCAGCGAGUUGGGCUGCGUCAUCCUCCACUUCACCAACAAGUCCUCCUCACCCAUGGCUUCCUUUACCACGACGCUGGACAACCGCUCGGCCGAGUACCUGAAGACUGAUACCAAGAGUCUACCGGAUACUACAAUACCUCCAAAUGGCCAGACGCAGCAGAUGAUCAUGUUCGAAGCUAAGAACGUCUUCACAGACCCGCCGACGAUACGGAUCAGCUACCUGGCCGGUGCUUUGCAGGCGCUGACGUUGCAGCUCCCGGUCGUGCUGCACAAGUACAUGGACGCUGCGGAACUGAACGCUGAGGACUUCUUCAAAAGGUGGAAGCAGAUUGGCGGCGCGCCGCGGGAGGCUCAGCGCGUCUUCGGGGUGCGCAAGGGCCGGACUUCCAGCAUGGAGUUUACGCGGAGUACGGUCGAGGGUUUCAAGUGGGGCGUUUUGGAUGGCGUGGACCCGAAUCCGAAGAACAUUGUGGGUGCGACGGUACUGCAUACGAGCGAGGGUGGGAAGUUUGGGUGUUUACUAAGGUUGGAGCCGAAUUUUGAGACGAUGAUGUACCGACUUACCAUAAGGGCCACAGACGUGUCUGUCCCGCCUGUCCUCUUGAAACUGAUGGAGGAGCGGCUCUCCCAAGGCGAGGGCUAG